GGUGGCCUCCGCCCCCCCGGCCCUGCAGCGCCGCUCCCCCGCGGCCACCGCCGCCGCCGCCGCCGCCGCCGCCGGAACCGGGGCGGGCCCGACGGGAGCUGCGCGCGGGGCUCGCUCGGGCGCGGCGGCGAUGCCCGCGGGCUCCCUCCCCGCCAGCUGCUCGCCCCGUGCCCGGGCUCCGGCCCCGACGGCCGCGCCGUGAGAUGACUUUCCGCGACAUCCUGAGCGUCACUUUCGAAGGACCCCGCUCGAGCGGUGGCGCUGGGGGCUCCGGCGCGGGCGGCGGGGCCGGCACGGCCAGCUCCGAGGGUCCGGCGGUGGGUGGCGUGCCGGGGGCCCCGGGCGGCGGCGCUGUGGUAGGGACGGGCGGCGGCGAGGACAACCGGAGCUCCGCGGGCGAGGCGGGGGCCCCGGGCGGCGGCGAGGUGAACGGCUCGGCGGCCGUCGGAGGGCUGGUGGUGAGCGCGCAGGGCGUGGGGGUGGGCGUUUUCCUCGCCGCCUUCAUCCUCACCGCCGUGGCGGGCAACCUGCUCGUCAUCCUCUCGGUGGCCUGCAACCGGCACCUGCAGACCGUCACCAACUACUUCAUCGUGAACCUGGCGGUGGCCGACCUGCUGCUGAGCGCGGCGGUGCUGCCCUUCUCGGCCACCAUGGAGGUCCUGGGCUUCUGGGCCUUCGGCCGGACCUUCUGCGACGUGUGGGCCGCGGUGGACGUGCUGUGCUGCACCGCCUCCAUCCUGAGCCUCUGCACCAUCUCGGUGGACCGCUACGUGGGCGUGCGCCACUCGCUCAAGUACCCAGCCAUCAUGACCGAGCGCAAGGCCGCUGCCAUCCUGGCUGUGCUGUGGGCGGUGGCCCUGGUGGUGUCCGUGGGGCCGCUGCUGGGCUGGAAGGAGCCGGUGCCCCCGGACGAGCGCUUCUGCGGCAUCACCGAGGAGGUGGGCUACGCGGUCUUCUCGUCCCUGUGCUCCUUCUACCUGCCCAUGGCGGUCAUCGUGGUCAUGUACUGUCGCGUGUACGUGGUGGCGCGCAGCACCACGCGCAGCCUCGAGGCGGGCAUCAAGCGGGAGCCCGGCAAGGCCUCCGAGGUGGUUCUGAGGAUCCACUGUCGCGGCGCGGCCACCGGUGCCAGAGGAGCCCCGGGGUCGCAGAGUAGCAAGGGACACACCUUGCGCAGCUCACUCUCCGUGCGGCUGCUCAAGUUCUCCCGCGAGAAAAAAGCUGCCAAGACGCUGGCCAUCGUCGUCGGGGUCUUCGUGCUGUGCUGGUUCCCCUUCUUCUUCGUCCUGCCGCUGGGCUCUCUGUUCCCGCAGCUGAAGCCGUCCGAGGGCGUCUUCAAGGUCAUCUUCUGGCUGGGCUACUUCAACAGCUGCGUGAACCCGCUCAUCUACCCCUGCUCCAGUCGCGAGUUCAAGCGCGCCUUCCUCCGCCUCCUGCGCUGCCAGUGCCGCCGCCGCCGCCGCCGCCUCUGGCGCGUCUACGGCCACCACUGGCGAGCCUCGACGGGCGAGCCGCGACCCGGCUGCGCCCCCAGCCCUCGCGCCGCGCCCCCCGGGGCUCCCCUAGCCCUCACUGCACCCCCGGGCCCGGGCGCGGCGGACUCGAGCGACGCGCAGGCCCCGGUCGCCGGCCGUCGGAAGCCAGCCUCCGCCCUCCGGGAGUGGAGUCUGCUCGGGCCUCUGCAGGGACCUACGACCCAGCUGCGCGCCAAGGUGUCCAGCCUGUCCCACAAGAUCCGCUCCGGGGGCGCGCGGCGCGCCGAGGCUGCGAGCGCCCUGCGCGCCGAGGUGGAGGCGGUGUCCCUGAGCGUUCCCCAGGACGGGGCCGAGGCCGUCAUCUGCCAGGCGUGUGAGCCGGCGGACUACAGCAACCUCCGCGAGACUGACAUUUAGGGACCCAGACCCAGGCUGGGGGACGUGCUGGGGCCAGAGAUGGGCGUUCUGUGGGAUGCUGCCUUCGUUCUGAUCCAGGACUCUGACCAGGGUGGCUGCUCCAUCUCACCCCAAAAGCGACGGGAGCUGGACCUGGGGGUCAGAGCACUUCGAAGGAGGUGGAUUAGGGCGCCUCCUGCUGGACAUCGGUGUCCAGAGCUCUUCCUAGAAGGGAGAGGCCGCGGGAUUAGCUCUUCUCGUCUAGUCUGAGAAACUGCGUAGUCAGCUGGUCCUGAAAUCUAGGCAAAAGACUUUCAGGUUUGGCCGCAACCCUUGGGGGAGGAACAGGUUACACAUUCUUGCUUUGCAGCUCCCAGUGAAAAGAUCAGGUGACAGUUUCUACUCCUUGCUGCCAUCUGGAGGAAGUCAGGGAGUCCUACCGUCGGACCCACCACACAGCAAGCAUCGGUGGCGGUAUUGAAAGCCCGCCAUACAAAUCUGUUGUUUUUCCGCUCUGGGCCCGCUGCGCCCUUCCCCACACUCCUAACCUGUACGUGCCCUUCACCUGCCCCCGCCCUCACCAUUCCCCCCAUGGGCCUUACUGUUUACACUCUGUACAUAGUUCAUUGUGCCUGUCUGUGCCCGUCACUUCUCACUGGGGUUCCAGGCUGCCGACAGGGAAGAGCCUUAUUUAUCAUUUUGAAACCUAUUUAUUGGUAAGAGUACUUAUAUUUUGACCAGACUGUGCAAACUGUCCAUCUUUGGCCUGUAAUUCAUAGAGAGCCUCCUUCUUCUGAAAUCCUUAGACCAUCACAAGGAAAGUCUAGGUCCAUCUUGCUGGUUUGUGCAGGGAGGGGUGAGGUGGUUCUGUCCUCCCUCCACAUGGUCACUACUGUCCUUCAGAUCUUUCAGCGAGACUAAAGGACUUUGGAACUUGGUUGGUUUUUUAAAGUCACAUAAGCACAAGCUUUCUUGUCAUCCCCCCUCCCCCCAGAUGAAUCUGUGAUGCUCUGAGGGCCUCAGGGAACAUAAUGGCUUCCAGCGCAACUGGCAAAACAUUACAUGAGAGUCUAUACACACCUAAGUGUGUAAAUGUUGAGAAAACUCACACCUAGGAGUCAUGUUCCUUAGCUCUGAGUAGAGGCUUACGUCCCAUGGAUCACAAGCAAUUUAGUCUCUGAAAAGAAAAUGCCAGCCACCUUAUCCAGCCUGGAUGAGAGCGAUAACUGAGCAGUGGACAGCUCUCUAAGCAAUGUCCAGACACCCGAAGAGCCAGCUUCUGGUGCCAACCUGGAUCGUGCUGUGAGCCAAGUGUUUCCAUCCUCUACUGAGGAGGGAGUCUGCCCGAGGCGUCACCACAGUGCCAAGCCCUGCUCAGUUGUUUCACAAGCCUAAAAGGAAAUGGGAGCAGGGAUUAGAAGAAA